AUGAUUAGCUUGUAUGGUGAUGAUAGAUCGUAUAUUGUGGAGGGUAAUAUGGAAUUCAAUGAGUUAGGAGGAGAAAAAAAUUGUCAAAAAAUUCGUUGCACUUGUCAAAAGUUUGAAAACAUUGGAAUUUUAUGUGGUCAUGCAAUUAAAGCACUUGAUAGAAUGAAUGUUAUGGAAAUUCCAGAGAGGUACAUAUUAGGUCGAUGGAGAUUAGAUGCCAAAGGUGGUGAAAUUAAGGGAGGAAAAGUUGAAGUGGAUGAGAAUGAUCCCAACUUAGAGGUAUCAGCACGUUACAGGGAUCUUUGUCCUAGGAUGGUAAAGCUAGCAACUCAAGCAUCUGUUUAUAAGCCUGUUUAUCAAUUGGUUGAUGAAGGGAUUAAGGAACUGUGUACAAAAGUGAAUAAAAUGAUGGUAUCAUUUGAUGAUUUGGGUGAUUGUGGUAAUGGAAACAACAUUGAUAUGACUUCUAAUCCUAACUUUGCACGAGUUAAAGGCUUAAAAAAAAAAUGUGGACAGAAGGGUGGGGGUAGAUUAAAACCUUGGUAUGAGAAGACUAAUAAGAGGAAAAAAAUUAUUUCACAACCUACCGAUCUUAGUAAGGAUGUUAGGAUACGCUAUUGGCCACAAUUGAUGAAUUAUGGUCACAAUCUUUUCAAGCUUGACGAUACUAACAUUGCGUGCUCAUCAAGUUAUCCACAGUCUACCCCUUUAUCUUCACAACUAUUAGUUAAUCCACAAACUUCUCAGGAGAUGUCAUUUGAUGAAGGAGAGCUCAAUCCCAUCGGAGGAGGGGGGAGGGGG